AUGGCUUCUGCCCCUGAUACCACUUCCAUCCCGGGUUACACCAUCUUCCGGGAGGGAGACUAUGACAGUGUUGCUGCCACUGCCAUGCUCCCGCAGGGCACCCCCCACCCGCUCGACCAGCUUUCCAUCAAGGAAAUUCCUACUGCUGCCAAGCUCGUCCGCGAGUACUGCAGCCCGAAGACCGUCAAGUUCAACUGCAUUACUCUGCGCGAACCCAAGAAAGCCGAAUAUGCCGCCUUCAAGGCGGGCAAGAUCCCAACCCCGGACCGCCGUGCCUUCGCCAUCAUCAUCAUCCGCGAGUCCGAGCAAGUCGCCGAGGUCGUCGUCAACCUGACCAAGUCCAAGGUCGAGGAAUACAAGGAGGUCAAGAAUGUCAUGCCCACUCUGACUCUGGAGGACCUUGACGUGAUGGAGCGCAUCGCUCGCAAGGAUCCCCGCGUCAUCCGCGCCUGUAACGAGAUCGGUAUCACCGAUAUGUCCAAGGUCUUCCUUGAUGCCUGGGCCAUUGGUAUCGACGAGCGCUGGGGCUUCGACCGUCGUCUGCAGCAGGGUCUGGUCUACUACCGCAACUCCGAGUUCGACAACCAGUACGCCCAUCCGCUGGAUUUCAGCGUUGUCGCUGAUACAGAGAAGGAGGAGGUUCUCAGCGUUGAUGUUCGUCUUGUUAAUGGCGAGCGCACUGCUGCCCCCCUGAAGGAGCACAACUAUCUCCCCGAGUUCAUCGGUGACAAGUACAACCACGACCGCCUCAAGCCCAUCGACAUCACCCAGCCCCAGGGCGUCUCCUUCAAGGUCCGCGGCAACGAGCUCUCCUGGGCCAACUAUAAGAUGCACAUCGGCUUCAACUACCGUGAGGGUAUUGUCAUCUCCGAUGUCCGCACCCACGACAUGUACGAGGACCGCGAGCGCACUCUCUUCAACCGUAUUUCCGUCGUUGAGAUGGUCGUCCCCUACGGCUGCCCCGAGAAGCCUCACCACAAGAAGCACGCUUUCGAUGUCGGCGAGUACGGUACCGGUCUGAUGACCAACUCCCUCAAGCUGGGCUGCGACUGCAAGGGUGCCAUCCACUACAUGGACGGAGUCAUGUCCACUGGCAACGGCGAGGCCGCUGUCAUCAAGAACGCCAUCUGCAUCCACGAGGAGGACAACGGCCUUCUGUACAAGCACACCGACUACCGCGACGGCACCGUCAUCUCUGCCCGUGACCGCAAGCUCAUCAUCUCGCAAAUCAUCACCGCCGCCAACUACGAGUACGGCUUCUACCACACCUUCACUCUGGACGGCACCUACAAGCUCGAGAUGAAGCUCACCGGCAUGCUCAACACGUACUGCAUGCACCCCACUGAGACUGCCGCCCCCUACGGCACCCAGGUCGCCCCUGACAUCAACGCCCACAACCACCAGCACCUCUUCUCCCUGCGCAUCGACCCCGAGAUCGACGGCGUCAACAACUCUGUCAUCCAAAGCGACGCUGUUGCCUCCGAUCACGCCGUCGGAUCCCCCGAAAACCCCUACGGCAACGCCUUCCUCAGCAAGAAGACCCCCCUCCGCACAGCCCUCGAAGGCGCCGCAGACUACUGCUACGAGACCAACCGCUCAUGGGACAUUGUGAACCCCAACCGCAUGAACACCAUUGCCAAGAAGCCCGUAGGCUAUAAGAUCCUCAACAACAACUGCCCUCCUCUCCUCGCAAAGCCCGGCAGCACCGUCUACAAGCGCGCUGCCUUUGCCCGGAAGCCGCUCUGGGUCACCCCCUACAAGGACUACGAGCUGUUCCCGGCCGGUGACUAUGUCUGCCAGUCUACCGGUGAAGAGAACCACCCGCACAACCAAACCAUACUGGACUGGGCCCAGCGGAAUGAGAAUAUCGAGAACACCGAUAUUGUCUGCUACAUUCAGUUUGGUCUGACGCACUUCCCUCGUACGGAGGACUUCCCCAUUAUGCCUGCUGAGCCGGUGAGCGUUAUGCUGCGUGCUUCCAACUUCCAUGAGAAGAACCCUGGCCUGUGGGUGCCUCCUAGUGCUAUUUGUGUUGAUACCCAGUCGACGAAUGCUUUCAGUACUUCCUGCUGCGCGGGUAAUGCUCAGGGUAACUCGUCGCGAUUGUAA